UGAAAUGCAGCACUUACGAGUAGCCCUAGGCAUCGCUGCCGAGUGCCUACAUUGCCUGAGUUGCAUAGAAUUCCCGAGCGACAAUCGCCGCUCGAAGAAAUUCGAGCGCUAACAUUCCAUGGCCACCCAGCCAAUUCGCCUCGUGACUUCCUGUACUUACGCCUGUGAUGUCAGUUCACGUCUGAGAAGGGUAACAACAAAGACCAGAUCCUGCCCACAACGCGGUUGUCCCUGGCCCGCUUGGCGUCGGUCCACUUUUCCUUCCCAAAGAACUCAAUUCUUUUUCAUCAGGUCCGUCUUCGAUUGUAGAGUGAUACCUUACUGCUCGGCCGGUGAUGGCAUGGCUCGUGGAAUUCGAGUGGUAAACAACGUGAACACUGCCAAAUGCCAAUUGUUCGUUAUCUACAAGACUCGAUUCGAAUCCCUCAAACACGUGCUGGAUGGCGCGCCACGUGCGCAGGGCGCGGACAAUUUGUGGACAACCGAACAGCCUCUCGUGGUCGGGUUCACAUCCUCAUGCAGGCGAUCAUCCGUAAAAGCAUUCGGUAUCUAUACAUACCUUACUUCAAGCCCUCGCCCUGCGCAGGGAACGUGAUUGGCAGUCUUCUUCUCGUUGCUGUCUUCACGGCACUCUGACUUGGCUGCAGUUGCAAGUUGAAGGAGCUGCAACGGUCAGAUGCAACUCCAGCCGAAUCGGUGCUU